AUGCAGCUGAGAGAAUCCAUAGACAAGACCAAGACUUUCUUCCAAACCACUCUUUUAACCCUCAAGUCCCUCCUCUUUGGUGGGUACCAGAAGCUGCCCAAGCCUCCAUUCAACAACCCUUUCUCAUGUGGAACUGGGUUCAACCCGGAUCACAUAGCAGAUCAUGAGUACUACACCAACUUCUGCAAUGAAUUGGAGUGUGAUCUUGAGAAAGUCAUGAAGCUCAAAACCACCAACCACAAACCAAUCAUGGCUCCCAAGGAGACACCAGCAGCACCAAGUAGGGAAGCUCAUCGUCAAUCCACUACUUGCCAUGUGAGCCCAAUUAAGGCUGUCUCAACCAGUCCAGUGAAGAAACCGCAGAAGAAGCAGCACAAGGAUGAGAAGAGCACCAGCAAGCGAAGCAAGAAACUUGGUGGUCAAGAAGAAGAAGAGCAAUGUUCAUCCAAGAAGCAGUUGAAGAAGAAGAAGAUGAGCAAUGAAGAGAGUUAUGCCUUGGCAAGGAAGAUGAAGGAACUUGAGAUGAUCGAUGUGAGUGAUGUUGAACAUGUUUUGGAUGUGGAAGAAGCGCUUCAUUACUAUUCAAGACUCAAGAGCCCUGUCUAUCUCGACAUCGUUGACAAGUUCUUCACUGAUAUGUACCAAGAAUUCACCAUCCCUCAUCAAGCUUCUGUUGCUUCAGUCAACAGCUCAAGAAGAAGACUUGGUUCCUUUAGAUUAUAG